AUGCGGUGGUGCCUUGCGUUGCUUCUCUGCUGCUUUUUGGCAGCAGUUAACGCUCUGAGUAGCUCCGGAAGCCGCCUGCUGGUGGUUUUGGACGACUCUACAGAAAAGAGCUCUUUCUCGACCUUGUGGUCCGAUUUGGAAGGCCGUGGAUACGAUGUAUCUUUCGAAUCACCCAAGAGCGACAAGCUGUCCCUCUUCGAACACGGCGAACGAGCUUAUGACCACCUUCUGGUCCUCCCCCCGAAAUCCAAGGGACUCGGCCCCAAUCUGACUCCCAAACACAUUCUGGACUUCUUGAACAAGGACGGCAACAUCCUCCUCGCUCUCUCCGGCAAGUCCGCCACUUCCAGCGCUGUCAGCUCGCUCCUCCUCGAAGCCGACGUUCACCUCUCGAGCGACCGUUCCGCUGUCGUCAUUGACCACUUCAACUACGACACCAUCUCGGCCGCCGAGAAGCACGACGUUCUCCUCCUCCAGCGCCCCGGCUCGCUCCGUCCUGAUAUUAAGGCCUUCUUCGAUGGCGAGGGUGUCCUGGCCCUGCCCCGCGUUGCUCCCCAGACUCUGGGUGGUGAGAGCGCUCUCGUCGCACCCAUCCUGCGAGCUCCGAACACUGCGUACGCGUACAACCCUAAGGAGGAAAUCCCCGCAGCUGAGGAUAUUGAGGCGACUGGCUCCCAGCUGAACAUUGUCUCGACUAUGCAAGCUCGCAACUCUGCUCGCUUCACUGUUCUUGGCUCCGUUGAGGCUCUGGAGGACAAGUGGUUCUCCGCCUCCGUCAAGACUCCCAACGGUCAGAAGACUACUACUGUCAACCGGGAGUUCGCUAAGCAAUUGACUGCUUGGACUUUCAAGGAGACUGGUGUCCUGAAGGUUGGCGAGAUCAAGCACCACCUGGUCACCGACGGCGAAGUUGCUCUUGAGGAUCUGAACCCCAAGAUCUACCGUAUUAAGAAUGAGACUUUCUUCAGCAUUGAGAUCUCUGAAUACUCCUACGACAAGUGGGUUCCCUUCGAGCUCCCUGCCGAUGAUGAGCUCCAGCUUGAAUUCACCAUGCUCUCGCCCUUCCACCGUCUGGCCCUCGAGCCCACCAGCCGCACGGAGACUAGCACCGUGUACAGCACCAAGUUUGUCACUCCCGAUCAGCACGGCAUCUUCUCAUUCCGCGUCAACUACAAGCGUCCCUUCCUCACCAGCGUCGAAGAGAAGCACGAGGUGACGGUGCGCCACUUUGCGCACGACGAGUACGCGCGCAGUUGGGCCAUCAGCGCUGGCUGGGUCUGGAUCGCUGGUCUGUGGUCGGUGAUUGGAGGUUUCCUGGCGUUUGUCGUUGUCUGGCUGUACUCGGCCCCCGUGGCUGACAAGACUAAGAAGACGCAGUAG